CGACAAUGGCCUUCUGCCAACCGCCCAUUUUACCGUCUCUAUACGACCACCAUCAUGGUGUUUCUGACGCUCAGCCAAAAAGUGAAUCAAUUUCUGGGGCCUGCGAUGCUUCGAAAUGGCCUGAGAGCACGCUAUGCUUUGGGACGGGGUGUAGUUCAUGACAAUCCGACGCUCGAUAACUUUUUACUCAUUCCUCUCGCUCAAAAGCUCAUUUCUUUGGAAUCACGUGAGGAAAUGCAACAGGCAACGCUACUAGGAAAGGUGGCACCCUCCUGGUUGGAGAGAAUUUUUAGUCGCAACAGCCAAAAUGAGGAGGAAGACGCGACACCGUUGGUAGAUGCAGAAAUUCGCGUCAAAGUGCUGGAACGCUACCUCCGUCCGGUUCUAUGCCGCAACAAUCGUUGGAGCGAGGUUCGACGUUGGCAAUUCCAUCCCAGAUUUCUGAAAUGGGCCCGGGCAGAAUAUUUGCUGGCUCGACAUGGUGAUCAUCUGCAGGCCGUAAUGGGCGCGUUCCCUUCCCUGCAAAAAACACUGCAAUUGCAAGUUCGACAACGUAGUUUUCAAAAGUUGCUCUCUGGCAAAUUAACCAUGGACAGCGAUCAAGAAGUCGUUGAUCCAUCUACGCUUCCUAAGAGUUCUCUCUUGACAAAAGUGCUGGAAAUGGAAUCUUGGACUGGGCAGAAAGAUACGUCUGCCACCAGUGCUAGGAUGAAGCAAAUCGCAGAAAGAGUCGGCGGUCAGGUACUCGAGCUGCGUGGUGGCGGACUGCGCUUUGCCACCGUUUCUCAGGAAGCGGAUCUUUCCGCGCUUAGUUUACAGGAAAUAUUGGAGCUAGCGGGUGGACAUGUUGCCAAUUGUGGUCCAUUCAACACACUUUGCGAAGAAGCCGAUAUUUACCAGCUGUGGACGGAGGAAUACGUCGAAGGCUUGGGGUCGUAUUUGCGCAAACGGACGGAACAGUACCAUGGAGAUACUUUGGUCCUAGAUGUGGGGGCAGGUGAUGGACUGCUGGCCAAGUAUCUACGCGACUACUUCGAAAAGGAAUUCACGUCACGCAAGACGCCAGCAAGGCAGAGAAAGGUAGUUCCACGGCCGAGACGCGGGCUUCCUUCCCCGAAAACCCCUACAAUCAUCGCAACCGACGACGGUAGCUGGAGAGUGUCAGAAAAAGCUCCCGUUGAACGCAUGUCUGUUGAAGAGACUUUGGACAAAUUGAUUCAGUCAGAUAAGGCACAACAGGUCAUCGUUUUGUGCAGCUGGAUGCCCCUAUCGGAAGAUUGGACAACCUUGUUUCGAUCGCGAAAUGUCGGCGAAUAUAUUUUGAUUGGUGAAUAUGACGAAGGACAGUGUGGCGACAAUUGGGAAACUUGGGGAAAUCCAAGGUUUCGUUCAUCCAUAGACGAAGAGUGGGAGGGUUUGGUCCAACAAGAUGAGAUAGAAAACGAACAGUUCCAGAUCCGUCCAGCGGAUACACCAAAAGCUCCGCACCAAGCGGACGGUUACAAGCGCCACGAACUUCGAAGUUUGCGACCAUAUCAAUUUUCAAGGUUCGACUGUUCCGUGUCGAAAGCAGGUGGCACAAUUAGCUUCCGUCGUACCUAG